CCCUCUUCAGUCUCUCCACAUACGGUAGUCAACUAGUUAGAGGAAGCGUUGUACUCUUGUUUUGAGGGGUGCUCAGUCAGAAACAGUAUGCACAGCAUUUUUUUGACGGGACUGUAAGAGGCAUUUGCUGUCACCACUUCACUCUUUACUUGGUCUUCACAGUAUUAAUGAAAAUGUUUUUGGACAUUUUAAUUUGGUUUACUUUAACACUUGGCACCACGCGCGUCGCAUUAUCUCUGGAGUUAAAACCUGGCAUGCCCAACGUUUGUGCGGACUCGGAGAUGGCCAUGCUGGGUGCGCGCCAGCCUUGUGUUCAGGCCUUCACCCGCAUGGUCAAGGUCUGGAAGCAGGGCUGCACCGGUCAUCGCUGGUGUGUCGGCUACGAGAGGAGGACCGGUUACUACACAGCCUACAGACAGGUGUACAGUAUGGAUGUGCACAGCGUGUACAGGUGCUGCCCAGGGUGGAUACAGAAGGGCGAGGAAAAGGGCUGUCUGCAUCGGGAAUGUGCUGCUUCUACCUGCUUUAAUGGGGGCUGGUGUGCUGAUAGCGGUGACCAGGUCUGUCAGUGUCCUGCCGGAUUCCAGGGAACACGCUGCCAGUAUGAUGUUGAUGAGUGCUCCACUGCGAAUGGCGGCUGUGAGGGACAUUGCUGCAACACCAUUGGAAGCUUCUACUGCAAGUGUCCCGAGGGCCGUCAACUGGGCCUGGACGGCAAGGCCUGUCAGGAUGUGGACGAGUGUGUGGAGCUGAAUGGUGGCUGCCAGCAGACCUGUGUGAACACAGAGGGUUCCUACCACUGCGAGUGUCACCAGGGUUACCGCAUGCACACUGACGGAAGGACCUGCAUUGCUGUGAACUCCUGCUCUGUGAAGAAUGGCGGUUGUGAACAACGUUGUGUGGGCAUGGCCAAUGACCACUUCAGGUGUGAGUGUCAUUGGAACUACCAGCUGAAGAGGGAUGGGAAGCACUGCCAGUUGAAGGACCCCUGUUUGGACGGGAAUGGAGGCUGUGCUCAUCUCUGUGAUUCUCUGGAUGGUCAGGUAGAGUGCAGCUGUAGACCUGGUUACACGCUGGCCAGAGACCGUCUGGGCUGUCAGGACAUUGAUGAGUGCACCUCGGGCCAUGCUAUGUGUGUCCAUCACUGUGCCAACACCCAGGGGUCCUUCAGCUGUGUAUGUAACCCUGGCUUUGAGCUGGGCGCUGAUGGCAAACAGUGCUACCGCAUUGAGAUGGAGAUAGUGAAUAGCUGUGAGAAAAACAACGGGGAAUGCUCUCAUCGCUGUGAACACAGCACCAAUGGACCCCUCUGCUCCUGCUCCCCUGGAUACCGGCUGUCCGACGACAACAAGACGUGUGUCGACAUUGACGAGUGUGAGAGCGGGGAGGCGUGCUGCAGUCAGUCCUGUAAGAACUACCCAGGGGGCCACGAGUGCAGCUGCCAGGCCGGCUACCGACUCCACCCUGAUGGCUGUGGCUGCAACGACGUUGACGAGUGCCUGGCGGAGAGUUCUGUCUGUGAGCAGUACUGUGUGAACACACUGGGGACCUAUGAGUGUUUCUGCAGACUGGGCUUCCGUCUGGACCAUAACCACAGGGCCUGCAUCCCUCUGUAUGGCAGUGACCUGUUUGAGGAGGACGAGGAGGUGCAGGAGGAGGAGGAAGAGGUGGCGGUGCACAGGUUGCCAGAUUUGCUUUUCCGACAGCAGCCACCCAAGCUCCUGCAUUACACUGCUGCCCUGCACUCCCCCUACAGGGAGGAGGGGGACGAGGAGGAAGAAGGGAGGGAAAACCGAGGGGAACUCACUCUGAUCAGCCACACCGUGUGUCUAGAUGAGUCUUUUGGGCAUGACUGCAGUGUGAGUUGUGCUGACUGUCAGAAUGGGGCAGUGUGUGGCGUUGGCAGAGACCGCUGUGAAUGCACACCUGGAUGGACUGGCCUCAUCUGCAAUGAGACAUGUCCUGUGGGGACCUAUGGACAGGCCUGUAACAGUCUUUGUCGGUGUCAGAAUGGGGGCUCCUGUGAUCCGAUGACCGGGAGGUGUGUGUGUCCCCCAGGGGUGCGAGGCCAACUCUGUGAGGAUGGUUGCCCACAAGGACGCUUUGGGAAACACUGUAGACGGAGGUGUAACUGUCCCAACAACGGGCGCUGCCACCGCCUCAACGGAGCCUGUCUGUGUGCCCCGGGGCUGUACGGGCGCUUCUGCCAUCUGCCUUGUCCCAGGUGGACCCAUGGUGUUGGCUGCUCUGAGGAGUGUGACUGUGUUCUGGAACAUUCCCUGGGCUGCCAUUCCAAGAAUGGAACCUGUCUGUGCAAACCUGGCUACCACGGCCCUCAGUGUCAGCAUGAGUGUGUAUCAGGGUUAUAUGGUAGUGGCUGUGAACAGUGGUGUGACUGCCCGGGGGGCAUGACCUGUGACCCGGCGAGUGGAAAGUGCUCUCGGAGGUGUCCUCCAGGUCUCCAUGGGGACCAGUGUCAGCUAGCAUGCAGCGCUGGUCAGUUCGGUGACAACUGCCUCCAGUCAUGUAAGUGUGAAGCAGCACCAUGUGACCCAGUGACAGGACGAUGUAUCUGCCCUGCUGGGAAGACAGGGGAUGCCUGUCAACAAGACUGCCCAGAGGGAUUGUGGGGUUUCGAGUGCCAGAACACAUGUGAAGCGUGUGAGAACGGAGCUUCCUGCAACAAGCAUACAGGAGCCUGUGACUGCGGCCCUGGGUUCACGGGACAACUCUGCCAGACCGUCUGUCCCUCAGGAUCACAUGGGCCAGGCUGUCUGAGGGCCUGCGUCUGUCACCCGGACUCCCGCUGUGACCCAGUCACCGGACACUGCUCGUGUCAGCCGGGCUUCUCAGGAUAUGACUGCACCAUGCCGUGUGAGGUGGGGUUCUGGGGCUCCGGGUGCUCCAGCAGAUGCCGGUGUGCAGACCGAGCCCUCAGCUGUGAUGCUGUGACUGGCCGGUGUGUGUGUGAGGCAGGCUUCACUGGAGACCACUGUGAACACAAGUGUGUGGAGGGCAGCUUUGGUCUGAACUGUGGAUUGGACUGCCAGUGUCAGAACGGGGCUCUGUGUGAUCAUGUCAGUGGGGCCUGCACCUGCUCUCCUGGAUGGGCUGGAAGCAUCUGUGAGAAAAUGUGCCCGGACGGGUUUUACGGUCUUGACUGUGGCCAGAUGUGCCAGUGCAGGAACGGCGCCCGCUGCCACCACAUCACUGGAGCCUGUCUCUGCACCCCUGGCUGGAUGGGACCACACUGCAUUCUGGCCUGCCCUGAGGGGGCUUUUGGGCAGAACUGCAGCCGGACCUGUGGGUGUCAGAACGGAGCCACCUGUCACCACAUCAGCGGUGGCUGCGACUGUGGAGCAGGAUGGACCGGAACCAACUGCCAGGAGGUCUGUCCUGCUGGAUGGUAUGGCCAGAACUGUUCCCAGCGGUGUCUGUGCCAGCAAGGCUCCUGUGACAGGGUGACUGGCCAGUGUUCCUGCCCCAGUGGGUGGACUGGAGCAGCCUGCGAGCUGAACUGUGAGGAGGGGCUCUAUGGAGAGGGCUGCACACAGAACUGCAGAUGUCAGAACGGAGGGACGUGUGACCGAGUGUCCGGAGGCUGCCGGUGUCCCCCCGGCUGGACCGGAGAGCGUUGUCAGACAGCCUGCCCGGAUGGUUACCACGGAGGGGGGUGUGAGCAGAAGUGCCAGUGUGAGCCGGGGGCGAGCUGCCACCACGUCUCGGGAACGUGCGUGUGUCCCCCAGGAUGGAGAGGGACCCGCUGUGAAAAACCCUGUCUGCCGGGGCUGUUUGGUGCCUCCUGUGCCCAGCAGUGCCAGUGCCAGGCUGGUAUGCCAUGCCACCAUGUGACUGGAACAUGUGGCUGCCCUGCUGGUCUCACCGGGAACAGCUGUGAGGAGAUCUGUCCAUCAGGUAUGUUCGGACCAAACUGUGCUCUGGUGUGUCAGUGUUCUGGGGUCCAUGAGCACUGCCAUCCUGUCACUGGAAGGUGUACCUGUCCACCAGGUUACUACGGCAACUUCUGUCAACUCAAGUGUUCAGAGGGAACAUAUGGGCCUGGCUGUAAGGCCUGGUGUCAGUGCAAGAAUGGUGGUCACUGUGACAGUAAGACAGGCAGUUGUGACUGUGCAGCAGGGUUCCUCGGAGCUGACUGCAGUACUGGCUGUCCUGCAGGGUACUACGGGAAGGACUGUGCCCGUCUCUGUUCCUGUGGGGAGGGAGGGCAGUGCCACCCGGUGACCGGGAGGUGUAUCUGCGCCCCAGGCAAAAUCGGACAGUCCUGUCAGCUAGCCUGCCCUAGGGGGCGCUAUGGGCUGCAGUGCAGGAACACGUGUGUCUGUCAGAACGGAGCGCUGUGUGAGCCCAGGGAUGGGAGCUGCACGUGUGGCCUGGGAUGGACUGGAGUGCACUGUGAGACAGCAUGUGUCCAGGGGAGGUUUGGACCGGACUGUUCCCUGGUCUGCUCCUGUCAGAACAACGGGACGUGUGAUCCAUUCACAGGCUUUUGUAGUUGCACUGCUGGACACUACGGGCCCUCCUGUGAACACCGGUGUCCCUCUGGCUUCUUUGGACAGAACUGUGGCCGUCUGUGUGAGUGCCGGGUGGGACGGACAUGUGACCACGUGACGGGCCGGUGUCUGUGUCCACCUGGUUACCAUGGCUCCCAGUGUCAGAGACGGUGCACGACGGGCCACUUUGGGGAAGGCUGUCGGCAGUCAUGCGACUGUGUCGCGGGGACACCCUGUCACCAUGCCACGGGACAGUGUCUCUGCCCCCCAGGACAGACUGGACGGAAAUGUGAGAAAGAAUGUGCAGCGGGUGGUUUCGGCCCGGGCUGUUCCCUGCGGUGCCAGUGUUCUCACCAGGCCCGGUGUGAUGCUCGUAAUGGUCGCUGCCAGUGUCCGGUGUCCUGGCUGGGCCCCACCUGCACAGAAGGACCACUACAAACUACAGAGGUCCCAGCACUGGGGUUUUCUCCCUCCCUGAAGAGGCGUUCUGGUCUGUCCCGCUCAUAGCUUGGCUGGGGGCCCCACAUCUCAAAAAAACCCAGGCAGACUUCUCAAACACUGAACAAGGUGCCCUACAUAUUGAACCAGUGGGCACCAUUGGAAGGUUGUGUACAGUUGCCCAAACAGACAGACUGGAGGAGGAUCAGGUUAAGACCAGACACACAAGGGAACUAACCUUCAAGUCUCCACUUGUAUUCUGCACAUUUGUCUGCAUUAGAGGCCGACCUGCUCCCAAGCUUUUUGGGAGCCUGCAGAAAGGCGCGACGUAGGUUUAGUUGAUCCGAUAACGGGUCACACAUGGAGCAGGAACGUGGAUGGCCGUUGGAUGCUGGACUAAGCAGAGCUCUGUGACCAUUCAUGAGCGUCUCAGGACUGAACCACAUCCCAAGUCAACUAUCUGAACCAUCCACGAACCACAGGUCAAACCCUUCCUGUCCAUUCGUAAUGUCCUCACCUGGCAGCUACGUGGACAGACAACCGCGCUGGUGAAUGAGCAGGUGUGUGCCGAAGCACCAUUGUCACAAAACUAUUCAUAAAGGCCACAGUCAGGUGAUCAGUGGACUGCUGCCUCUUUGAACUUGCAUGUGGUCUGCUCUCAAGUCAUUGGCCUGGGCUGCCAUGGGGACGGAGGGGUCUGUGUCGCUCAACCACCAGGACUGCCAUCUACUCUCAUCUAAUGUUCACGGAGAACGCGUGUUCUAUUGGACCCGGGUUCUUUGGACUUUGCGUGUCUGAUUGCUUAUCAUAAAUUGUUAAUAUAUUUAGAAAUUGCUUUUGGUUGUAUGUUUGGUUUGAUAAGGUCACUUAUUGCAAAGUUAUCCAUCAAUUUACUACUGUUGUCACUAUUACUGGAAAUGUAACAGUAAAACUGACAGUAUCACCUAUAUUUUAGCCAAAUAAUCUGUAUAUUGUCAUGUAGAAAGGUUUUUAGACUAUUACAAAACAUUUGAAGUGUACCUCAGGGUACUGAGGUGUACUGUGUCUGUAACAUGUACUGUGUCUGGUUACAGGCUUCAUGUAAAUGGUGCUGUUUUUAUACCUUAAAUUGUUACUAAAUGUGGUUACAACAAUCUUAUUUCUGUCCCUAAUAUCACAACACCACAUAUAAGAAAAAUACAUGUUUUUACCUGGGUGCAGUGUAGCAUAAAAUUGGGAUCUCUUCUGGUAGUUGGAGAGAUGUGUAGAUGGAGGGGGAGAGAGGGAGAGAUGAGUAGACGGGG